AAACUGAAUACGGGAAUGUAGAAAGGCUACAAUGCCGCCCAAAAACCAGGACGACAUGUCUUUUCGACGAGCGAGCCAAGACUUUUUACGAUCGGCAACACAACCACUGUCGUGUUCAGGGUCACAUAAAAUCCCCUCGACCCCGUAGCGGGUGUCUAACCUUCUCGUUCUUUUCCUUCACGCCCUUUGAGGUCGAGGGCGAAGGGAUAAAUUUUGGCCCUGCACAAUUUGGACGAUGCAUUUCAUGGAUACAGGCAAAACCCGCCAAGUGGUCCUAACGGCCGUCUUGGCCGGCUCAGUGCUAGUGAGACACGCCUAUGCCGGUCCAAUUGCGCCACGGAGUGAACCGUUCAAAGUUCUCGAUCCGCAGAAUUGGGUAAAUCCCGAUAACAUGACCUGGGCAGACUACAAGAAACCUCCGGGCACGUCCUGGAAUGACCCGAACCUCAAGGGUUCCAACCGGAACUUCAACAUUGCGCUCGUCGCCGUCGACUACCCGGACAUGCCCUUCGUUAUCACGCAGGCGGCGAACUCGACCGUAUUCGGCAACCCGCAGCCGAUUGUUUCCGGGCUGGACCGCUCGGAGGUGCCAGCUUUCUAUCGCGAUUUCCUGAACAAGCCCCAGGACCUCAAUCAUAAUCGUACUCUGCACGAGUACUGGAUGGAAGAUUCGGGAGGUCGUUUUGGCGUGGAUCUGACAGCCUUCGGCGCGUACCAGCUCCCCAGCCGCUCGUAUCAAUACGGCAUAGACGACGAGCGAGGAGGAUUCAACGAGGGAGCUUGUCCUACGGCAGGUCCAUGCUCAAUCGACCUACGAACAGACGCCCUGGGAGCCUGGCGCGCCGACGUAGGAAACGAGACUGCCGAUUCGUUCGAGCUAGUCUUCAUCCUUUCCGCGGGCCAGGACGAGUCCUCCACGUGGCAAGAAUUCGGAGAGAUCAAGUUCCAAACUCCGCAAGACGUCCCCGACUCGUUCGGACCCCCGGACGACGAUACGCUGCCGAAUUACGCCGAGACGCGGUAUAUAAAUUGGACUUCCUGGGCAGCCGCAAGCGCCAUCUGGCCGAAUGCCGGGGGCGGCUCAUCGACGCAGGCGGAAAGCUCGGGAAUGUCGACUUACGCCCACGAGCUGACCCAUCUCCUCGGCAUCGGCGACAACUACAACAACCCGUACGGCGACCCGCCGCGCCGCGCGUACACGGGACCGUGGUCCAUGCUAUCGCGAGGCAGCUUCAACGGACCGGGGGGCCCGCACACGCGGUGGCAGAUCCCCGCAACGCAGGGCGGUUCGCUGGGCUCGCUGCACACCAUGGGCGACAAGCUGCGCAUCGGCCUCGUUGCCAACUCGAGCGUCCUUAUGAUAUCCCGCACUGCGCUCCCCAGCUCCGGACCCGUCGUCGCCGAGAUCACCGCGCGCUGCGUGAACCCAGGCGAAGACGAGCUGAUGGGCCUGCGCGUCGUCAUGGGAACGGAUCUUUCGCCCACUUGCGACCCGAGCGCGGACCCGCUGUGCGACGGCGGCGGGUACAACAACUACGAUGUCGAAGUGAUUGACCGCAUGGGUGCUGAUUCCUUCACACCGGACUCAGGGGUGAUGAUUAGUAAGACCAAGGACGUGGACGACGCACCCUUCCAGUGGACCAUUGACGCGAACCCGCAAGAUAUCAACGUGACUAAUUUCUUCCGGCCGGACGGAACCCCUUCCCCGCUGAGUAUCGGCGAUUAUCGCCAACUUGCCGAUGCGCUGUUUCACGCGGGCACGAACUCCGGGAGCGAAUACGAGUACGUCGACGAGGGCAACAGACUACACUUCUACAUUGUGGAUAUCCGCCGCGACGAUGCGGGCGUCUUGCAUUAUACAGUGGGCGUGCGGUCUCUCGACGGCAGCGGCGCUAGUACCUACGGCGUCCAGCUAGAAAAAGGCUCAGUUGCGGAGGGACCGUUAGCGAGGGCUAGUGUUAACGGGGUGACUUGCACGUUUCAACUAACAAAUUCCGGCACUUUUGCGAUCGCGGAUGACGAAGUGGUACAUCCACAAGAUCUAUCGGCGUACUUGAGCUCGGACAUCUAUCGGCUUAGGGCUGAAGUGGAUAGCGAGGGAUGGAGUAUCGGAGUGGUGAAUGCGCUGGCUACGGCGAAGUUCGGCGCGGCGACUACGGUGAAUGUGGCUGUUGGUGCGGGAGCUGAUGCCGUAAGCACGGCGGUUGUCAGGUUGACUGCUACGUCUGAAUCUGAUCCGACGGUUUUUAUUUCGCAGGAGUGCCAGGUUAAAAAAUGAGUUGAUAAAAUAGUAUAAAAAAUCCAGGAUCUUCAUGAAUUAUUCGCAGAUGUAGGAAAUAUAGGUUCUCACCAAUCAUUAGAUUGGCACGAAUGUAUCGAGGCCGCCACCAUAACACACUCGAC